UUCUUUUUCGCUUUUGUCGUCGUGCAUGUAGUACGUAAAAGCUACCGUAAAACCUUUCUAAAGUGAAUUUUACUCACUUUAACCGCGCAAAGACCGUGUUUUCGAUCGCGCCGAACUCAACAAGCUAGUGAAAAUGCCGCUCGCCAAGGAUUUCUUGCACCCGCUGCCCGCCGAAGAGAAGAGGAAGCACAAGCUGAAGCGCCUUGUGCCCCAUCCCAACUCGUACUUCAUGGAUGUGAAGUGCCCCGGCUGCUACAAAAUCACGACCGUUUUCAGCCAUGCCCAGAGCGUAGUUGUUUGUGCCGGUUGUUCCACGAUCCUGUGCCAGCCGACCGGUGGCAAGGCGCGCCUAACAGAGGGUUGCUCCUUCCGCAGGAAGCCGUAUUAAACCCGCCGGGUCAACGAUGAUCGAACAACGCCUGGGUGUCUGAACGAGUGCUGGGGAAUAAUUUUCCAUUCCAUCGGAGUGAAACGGAGGAACCUCUGGCUUCGGAGCACUGGCCAGCAUUCGUUCGGUUACAUGUUAAAGCCCGCAUCCGGUUGUCGGGGUGUAGUAUUCAUCUCGAAUGGAGCGAAAUAAAGGCAGAAGUUCAAUUGUCUAAGCA